AGCUCCACAGCCACACAGCCAUGUUGUUCUCGGUGCUGUUCGCGGUGAUGCUGUCGGUGGCGACGUCAGCGCAGGUCAGGGGGCCGCUCCACGCGUCCUGCAAGGCUGAUUGGACGUUUGGUCAGUCCUGCGCCGACGCCAUGGGCGCCAUCGUGGACCAGAUGAAGGCUUGGGCGGGCCCCGACGGCUGCGCCAACGGCGGCGAGAAGUGUCUGUAUGAGUACAUGUCGACGGAAGGCAACGUGGUGAAAGGUACCCACACCACGCCCGUGCACAAGUACGUUGACGACCUGGAGUUUACCUUCACCGACGCCGCCGACGGCUCCUGUGCCAUGCAUGGCUUCUCCACCUCGGAGACCAUCUACGCGGUGCUGGACUCCUCCACCAACUACUGCAACAUGAAGAACCUGAUCACGGGCGCCGGCCUGGACCAGGGCGACGGUUACUCGGAGACGGCGAGCGACGACAAGUGCACGCAGUACUCCAGCGCCAACUGCGACAAAUACUAAGCGGCGGAUGUGUCACGGUCAAGCGCGGCCGCGGUGCGCAGCCCCGGCGCACAGUGAUCGAAACAAAAUCACAGUGUCGUAUGUGCUGCUUUUGUCUCAAUAAAAGUGUGGACUGUUCCGUUCUCAA